AUGAUACAUUCAGCAACAUCGUCUAACGACUCGUGGAGUACGAGCUACGGUGAGGAGGCGGACGGGGACGACGCUGAACACGACACGCAUUGGGAACAAGGCUCCGACGACGUGUUGACGGUUCCGAAACUUGAACCACUGGACGAGGAGGAUUUUCACAUGAAUGAUGUGAAGGAAGCCCCACGAACUCCAAGACCCGCAUCGAGUCUUGUGUCGAGUGCUACCAAGACCAAGAGACCCAGAGGCCGGCCGAGGAAACACCCGCUUACGCCGCAAGUCUCGACGAACAAGGUAGCCAAGGGGCGGUCCAAAACGGGCUGCAUUACCUGUAGAAAGAGAAAGAAGAAGUGUGACGAAGCGAAACCACGAUGCAUGAACUGUGAGAAGAACGCUGUUGUCUGCGAAGGGUACCAUGAGAAGACGCUUUGGAAGAGUGGACGAGAGAGGGCCGAAGAAGAACGGCAAAAGUGGCAGAGCUUGCCGGUCAUCACGUUACAACCCAUCUUUCAAGGGGUGGAUGGACCUGAGGACAUGGUGUUCCUCAACCACUACAUCAACCACCUAAGCGGGGUACUGACGGUCGAGAGCCAACACAAGAAUGCUUUCAAGGACAUGUUGCUGCAAAUGGCGGUGGAACACCGGGGACUAAUGCAUUCCAUUUUGUCUCUGGCCAGCAAACACAUCGACUACGAUACUCCGUAUGGAGCCAAGAUCCUCAGCUCCAAUCCCAAAAUAACACCGGCAACACUGCUGGCGCGGUCCGAGUAUCAUUAUACGGCAGCCAUGGACAAGCUGUACGAGGAUAUCCGCCGGGAGGGUAUAAAAGAGGAGUCGGAGAACAGAGUCAACUUGUCCGUUCGCUACGGACAGAUGCUCUGUCUCCUAAUCCAGUCCCUUGCCGAGGGCAGUCACAACGGCGAGCACCGUGUGCACUUACAGGCCUACAAGAGGCUCAUCCAGCACUCACCGCCGGAGGACUCUGCCUUCCUCGUCUUCAUCACCGAGUUCUUUCAAUUCCACAUCUUCGCCGACGAAUUAAUACGGCACCCCGACAGUUUGACCGCGCGCCUGGCGACGGAGGAGUGGGAGCCGUGGCUAGCUAUCCAACCAGCACGACUUAUAGGCGUCGCCGACGGCCUCUUCAAAUACCUCACCCAGAUCACAUCGAUCCGAAACACAAUCCGGACAAACAUGAUGAACGAAAUCGAUCCCGUGGUAGAUUAUGCAUCCCUGUAUCGCGCCGCCGAGAUCGACGCCGCGAUACGGGAAUGGACUCCCCACUGGCCCCCAGGCGACAGCCGCGAACGUGCCGCCCUUCUCUAUAAGCAGAUGAUGUGGGUGUACCUCUUCCGAACCAUCUAUCCGCCUUCAUCGCCCACAUCUUCCCUCCUGACCAGUAACCUGACCCUCGGGGCCGGCUGCUCACCGCCUCUCUCCCCGACUUCCCCCGCUCAUUCGGGCCACGACCCGCAAUGUCCCGACCACCCGGUAACAAGCCACGGUCACGGUCACGGUCACGGUUAUGGUCACAGCCACGGCCACGGCCACGGCCACGGCUCCAACAGCUCUUACUCCUGCUCACCCUGCCGCGACUCCUCGCCCCCGCCCAUCCGAUACCCUCCACACCACGACACCCGCAUCACCGUCGCUGUAGACGAAUCGCUCGCCAUACUAGACUCCUUCAAGCCCAGCGACCCCGUGCAGACGCUCCUGCUUAUCCCGUGCCUCGUCAUCGGGUGUGCCUGCUUUGCGCCGUCGCAGCAGAACAGGAUACGCGGCGCCGUCAGAGCUGUCCACGGGUACACGGGCCUGAGGAAUUGCGAUCGCGCGUUGCAGGUUCUGGAGGAGGUGUGGAGGUUGAUGGAGCGCGGGGAGUGGGCGCGGGUGUGGGAUUGGCAGGGUGUGGCUAAGGGGUUAGGGUUGGACUUUUCUUGUACCUAG